GUGCGGAGCUGAGAGGCGCAUCGCAGAGUGAAAAAAAGCGUGUCGGAGCGGAUCUGACGAGUGUACAUGUGGGCAUAGUAAAGCUAGAGAAAAUGAAAGCUCUUUAAUUAUUAAUUACUCUUUUCAUGUUAUUGCGCACAGAGGAUGCAGCUUGUACCAUAAGAGGAUUUUUCCGGUUUUUAUGGAGCGAAUUAAAGCAGUUAGGACAUGAUUUUAUAAGAAGUUAUGCAGCGUUGUUCAAGAUAGAUCCACGAUCUUUGUGAUGAAACAUUUUUACUCUGUUUUAGGCUUUUGAUUUUUCUUCAUUUUAAGUGGGAAUGGCUUUAGUAGUGUACCUGAAGACUGUCACGGAGCUUCGUGGAAAGGGGGACCGCAUCGCUAAAGUGACUUUCAGAGGUCUCUCCUUCUUCUCCCGGGUGCUGGAAAACUGCGAGGAUGAAGCUCGGUUUGAGCAGGCAUUCCGUUGGCCAAUCGGGAGUCAAGUGGAUGGUGACGAGAUGUUGGAGAUUCAAGUGUUUAAUUACAGCAAAGUCUUCACUAACAGGUUAAUUGGCACUUUCCGCAUGGUUCUGCAGAAGGUGGUGGAGGAGGGUCACUUGGAGGUGUCUGACACUCUUAUUGACGACAAUAACUCAGCCAUACGGACAAGUAUUUCCAUAGAGAUCAAAUAUCAGACCAUGGAUGGGAGUAUGAAGGUAUGGAGCGAUGGUGAAUUCCUUGAUAUUCCAGAUGACUGUGAUGGAACUUUCCAGUUUGAGACAGACAGUCUACUCUCUGGACGCAGCCAGAGCUCUGUGACAUCACCUGGACGUUCUCUCCACGGAAUUCCCACAUUCCGCAAGACAGGAAAAGGAGUGUUUUCAGCCAUGAAACUGGGAAAGACACGAAUCUCUAAAGAUGACCACAAAAAAGGAGAUGACGCUGCCAUUUUGGAUGCAGAAGAUCUGGAUCGAAAGACCAUGCGUCUGGGCGGUGGGCUCGACCCUGAUACCAUCUCACUGGCCUCUGUUACUGCAGUAACCACUAAUGUCUCCAACAAAAGAUCAAAGCCUGACAUUAAGAUGGAGCCCAGUUCAGGGCGUCUUGUGGACUAUCAGAUCAGCGUAACAGUAAUCGAGGCCCGUCAGUUGGUUGGUUUGAACAUGGAUCCUGUGGUUUGUGUUGAAAUUGGCGAGGAGAAGAAGUAUACAUCAAUGAAGGAGUCCACAAACUGCCCCUACUACAAUGAGUACUUUGUCUUUGACUUCCAUGUGCCUCCAGAUGUCAUGUUUGACAAGAUCCUGAAGAUAUCAGUAAUACAUUCUAAAAACCUUCUACGAAGCGGUACUCUGGUGGGCACCUUCAAACUAGAUGUGGGAACUGUUUACUCACAACCUGAGCAUCAGUUCCACCACAAAUGGGCAAUGCUGUCGGACCCUGAUGACAUCACAGCUGGCUGUAAAGGUUACGUUAAGUGUGACAUUGCAGUCGUAGGAAAAGGAGACAACAUCAAGACUCCCCACAAGGCCAAUGAAACAGAUGAGAAUGACAUAGAGGGGAAUCUUCUCUUGCCGGAGGGUGUUCCAUCAGAGAGACAAUGGGCUCGGUUUUAUGUUAAGAUUUAUAGAGCUGAGGGACUACCAAAAAUGAACACCAGCAUCAUGGCCAAUGUGAAAAAAGCUUUUAUCGGGGAGAACAGAGAUCUUGUGGACCCUUAUGUCCUGGUGCAAUUUGCAGGGCAGAAGGGUAAAACAUCAGUUCAGAAGAGCAGCUACGAGCCCAUCUGGAAUGAGCAAGUAAUCUUCACCGAGAUGUUCCCACCUUUGUGUAGGCGACUGAAAGUUCAGAUCCGUGAUUCAGACAAGGUGAAUGAUGUUGCCAUAGGAACCCAUUUCAUCGAUCUACGAAAGAUCGCAAAUGAUCUGGACUCAGUCCAGAUUCUACGAAACAUCAGCUGCCCUCUGGGAAAUUACAAGGCCAAGCUCUGUGUCCUCAGACAAAAAGUCACUGCAGAUGUGGGAGUCCAGCUGUCUGUGGAAAGAAGCAAGAGAUCCCAAUGCGGUGAAAUAAAAGGUCACAAAAAAAAACAUACUGUGUUCAUUUCUCACUCUACUAUGUCUGUCCCAUUCAGCAGAGUCACUUUUUAUGUUAUAAAUAAAAUCAAUGACAGCUAUUUGGAUGUAAUUCUGACCUUAAAAGCUCUUUUUUUCUAUCAGAGUGCCACAGGGAAGAUGGAGGAAUUUUUCCUUUUUGGAUCGUUCUUGGAGGCCACAAUGAUAGACAGAAAAAUUGGAGAUAAAGCCAUCAGCUUUGAAGUCACUAUCGGUAACUAUGGUAACCAGAUUGAUGGAGUGAGCAAGUCUGCAUCAGCAAAGAAGAAGAAAGAGGGUGGAGGGGAGAGCGAAGAAGAGGAGACUGAGCUCAUCCAUAACUCCAGCGAUGAAGAGGCAGAGGAUGAUGGAGAUCUGACAUCUGUGCCGUCCACCCCUCCUAUGAAACCAGUUAUUACUGACAGAAAUUACUUCCACUUGCCUUACUUUGAAAAGAAACCCUGCAUUUACAUCAAGAGCUGGUGGCAAGACCAGAGGAGACGGCUCUACAACUCCAAUAUAAUGGACAAGAUUGCAGAUAAACUGGAGGAAGGUCUGAAUGAUGUUCAAGAAAUCAUAAAAACAGAGAAGGCAUAUCCAGAACGCAGACUUAGAGGAGUUUUAGAGGAGCUUAGCACAAGUUGCAGCCGAUUUGUUACACUGGCAAACAAAGAUCAGAAUCUGUCCGGAAGAACCAAGCUGGACAAAGAGAGGCUCAAGUCCUGCAUGAGAGAGUUGGAGAGUAUGGCUCAGCAGGCGAAGACUAUCCGCUCACAGGUGAAGAGAAACACCGUUCGAGACAAACUCAAACUAGUGUUCAAUUUCCUUCACAGGCUUCGUUUCCUGGCAGAUGAGCCCCAGCACAGCAUCCCUGAUGUGUUCAUAUGGAUGAUAAGCAACAACAAACGCAUAGCGUACGCCCGCAUUCCCUCCAAAGACAUCCUCUACUCAAUUGUUGACGAAGAGAUGGGAAAGGACUGUGGGAAAGUUAAAGCUGUUUUUCUCAGGCUGCCUGGAAAGAAAGGCUUUGGGCCUGCUGGCUGGACAGUUCAGGCUAAACUGGAGAUGUAUUUGUGGCUGGGCUUGAACAAACAGAGGAAGGACUUCUUGAGCGGCCUCCCUAGCGGCUUUGAAGAAAACAAGGCUACGAAGGGAAUAGGCAUACAAGCUGUUCCUCCCAUCAGCCUGGUUUAUAACAUGAAGCAGGUGUUUCAGCUGAGGGCCCACAUGUAUCAGGCUCGCAGUCUGUUUGCUGCUGACAGUAGUGGCCUGUCUGACCCUUUUGCAAGGGUUUUCUUCUCCACCCACAGCCAGGUGACAGAGGUCCUCAGUGAGACUCUUUGUCCUACAUGGGAUCAGUUGCUUGUGUUUGAUAAUGUUGAACUCUACGGUGAGGCUGGGGAACUCCGUGAUGAUCCACCAAUCAUUGUCAUUGAACUGUAUGACCAAGACACUGUGGGGAAAGCUGAGUUCAUUGGGCGAACAUUUGCAAAGCCACUAACUAAGAUGGUUGAUGAACACUACGGGCCCCCACGUUUUCCCCCCCAGCUGGAGUACUAUCAGAUCUACAGAGGAAACUGUGCUGCAGGAGAUCUGUUGGCUGCUUUUGAGCUACUGCAGAUUGGUCCAGCAGGGCGGGCAGCUCUUCCUCCAAUUGAUGGGCCGACUGAUUCUGACCGUGGACCCAUUCUUCCUGUUCCAUUGGGCAUACGACCAGUUCUCAGCAGAUAUCGUAUAGAGGUCCUGUUCUGGGGUCUGAGGGACCUUAAAAGAAUCAAUCUGGCUCAGGUGGACAGGCCUCGUGUGGACAUAGAGUGUGCAGGGAAAGGAGUUCAGUCCGCCCUCAUUCAGAACUACAAGAAGAAUCCUAACUUCAGCACGUUAGUGAAGUGGUUUGAAGUGGAUCUGCCAGAAAAUGAACUACUUCAUCCACCACUCAAUAUUCGGGUGGUGGACUGCAGGGCAUUCGGACGCUACACCUUGGUGGGGUCUCACGCCGUGACCAGCCUUCGCAAGUUCAUCUACAGCCCCCCAGACAAGACUGCUAACAACUGGGCUCACACUGGUGAUAUUGUGGUCAAUAUGGACCCUGAACCCAACGUUAAGAAGGUGGACACAGUUGUCAAGAUUGAUGCUACCACCGAUGCUGUUGUUAAAGUUGACUUGAAUGAGGAUGAGAAGGAGAAAGAGAAAAAGAAAAAGAAGAAAAAGAAAGGAGAAGAAGUGGAUGAGGAGGAGCCGGAUGAGAGCAUGUUGGACUGGUGGUCCAAAUACUUUGCCUCCAUAGAGACUAUGAUGGAGAAUCUCAGAGCCCAGGAGGCCGCUCUGGCAGAGGCAGAGGAAAGAGAAGAUUUGGAGAUAGCAGCAGAGAGUGCAGAGAUCAAAGCUGAUGACUUUCCUAUGAAAGGCACCAAACCCAAGGAGAAGAGCAAAGACAAGAAGAGCUCCAAGGACAAAAAGAAGAACCAUGAUGGCACAGAAAAACGACCUCCAAAACCAAAAGUUGAUGAACUCAUGGUGUACAAUAAAGAGCUGGAGAGUGAGUUUGGUAACUUUGAGGACUGGCUCCACACCUUCAACCUGUUUAGAGGAAAGGCUGGAGAUGAUAUCGACCACAAUGUGGUUGAUGAUGACAGGAUUGUGGGCAGAUUCAAGGGCUCCCUCUGUAUGUAUAAACUUCCACUCUCUGAGGAGAUCACCAGGGAGGCAGGAUUUGACCCAAACAUGGGCAUGUUCCAAAGUAUUCCUCAUAAUGACCCUAUCAAUGUUCUCAUAAGGAUUUAUAUCAUUAGAGCCACAGACCUGCAUCCCGCGGAUAUAAAUGGUAAAGCAGAUCCUUAUAUAGUCAUUCGAUUGGGAAAGUCAGAGAUUCGGGACAAGGAGAACUACAUAUCCAAGCAGCUUAAUCCUGUCUUUGGAAAGUCAUUCAACAUAGAGGCAACAUUCCCAAUGGAGUCCAUGCUGACGGUUGCAGUAUAUGACUGGGAUUUGGUUGGAACUGAUGACCUGAUCGGUGAGAAUAAGAUUGAUUUGGAGAACCGAUACUACAGCAAACACAGGGCCACAUGUGGCAUUGCAUCCAACUACUCUGUCCAUGGUUACAAUGUAUGGCGUGACCCGCAGAAGCCAACUCAGAUCCUUGCUAAGUUGUGCAAAGAAGCUAAAUUGGAUGGACCCCACUAUGGACCUGGUGGGAAGGUCAAAGUUGCAAACCGCAUCUUUCUUGGGCCAACAGAAAUUGAGGAUGAGAGUGGUCUGAAGAAGCAGACAGAAGAACACUUGGCUCUUACGGUUCUUAGGCAUUGGGAGGAGAUCCCACGUGUUGGUUGUAAACUCAUCCCUGAGCAUGUGGAGACCAGACCGCUCCUCAACCCAGACAAGCCAGGCAUAGAGCAGGGAAGGAUUGAAAUGUGGGUGGACAUGUUUCCUAUGGAUGUACCAGCACCAGGACCAGCCAUUGACAUUUCACCACGCAAACCAAAGAGAUAUGAGCUCAGGGUGAUAAUAUGGAAUACUGACGAGGUAAUUCUGGAAGACGAUGAUUACUUCACAGGGGAAAAGUCCAGUGACAUUUUUGUGAGGGGCUGGCUAAAAGGACAGCAGGAGGAUAAACAGGACACAGACGUGCAUUAUCACUCUCUAACUGGGGAAGGAAACUUCAACUGGCGCUUUGUUUUCCCUUUUGACUAUCUCAUGGCUGAGGAGAAGAUAGUCAUCUCUAAGAAGGAAUCCAUGUUUUCCUGGGAUGAGACCGAGUACAAGAUUCCUGCUCGACUCACCCUUCAAGUAUGGGAUGCUGACCAUUUCUCCGCAGACGACUUCCUGGGUGCGAUUGAGCUGGACUUGAAUAAGUUUCCCCGAGGGGCAAAAACAGCUAAGCAGUGCUCUCUCAACAUGGUUCUCAAAGAGCAUGAGCUGCCAACCAUCUCCAUCUUCAAACAGAAAAGAGUGAAGGGCUGGUGGCCAUUCGUGGCCCGGGAUGAGAAUGAUGAAUUUGAGCUCACAGGGAAAGUGGAGGCAGAGCUCCAUCUGUUGACAGCGGAGGAGGCAGAGAAAAAUCCGGUCGGCCUUGGGCGGAAUGAACCUGAGCCACUUGAGAAACCAAACCGGCCUGACACCACCUUCCUGUGGUUUUUGAGCCCGCUGAAGGCCAUCCGCUACCUGAUAUGCAACCGCUACAAAUGGCUCAUCAUCAAGAUCGUCUUGGCUCUGCUGCUGCUGAUCAUGGUGGGCCUGUUUCUCUACAGCAUGCCAGGCUAUCUGGUCAAGAAGCUGCUCGGGGCCUAAAGAGGGGUCAAAAAGGUUUAUUUGAGAGAUUCUUAAGAGUUUACCGUCCCUCAUAGUUGCACUCUAAGCUUAACGUAUCAAAUAUCUUGACUUUUUCAGUAUCAAUUUGCAUGUCUAACCCAAAAAAAGAUCAAUUAACUUAUCUUUCUAUGUGUACAUUUCAAGAAAAAUUGGUCAUAGGGAGAAAAGGAAAGGAGGGAAGUGUCUAUUUUUGGUACGAAAUUGAGUAAACUGGAUUGAUUUCUGGUAUUCGUUCAAAUGUUGAUAUAAAUGCAUUGCUUCAGAUUGUUGGAUUGGAUUUUGUUGUUAUUGUCUAAAUGUGUAUAUAUCGCUGCUAGAAGCACAAUAAGCAUGCACGGUUGUCUAAAGAAAGAUGACUUAUUCAUCAGUAGCUACAAUCUGAAAAAUGUUAUGAUAGGGUUGCAGGCCUCAUAUAUACAGUAUGUAAUUUGAUUACACUUUGCCUUGAUGUUUGCACUUUCAAUCCAUGACACAAAUGUUUUGCACUCCAAUAACAUAAUGUAGUUUAUCCUUUAGAGAAACACAGACACUAGUAGGGGAAUGAUGUUUCAUUUGAUAUUUCAAGCUUUAACAACACAAUAGAAUGCUAUUUCUUAUAUUUCCUACUGUUGUUUUUGCUUGCUGUGUACAUUUACUUGUUAUGUACUUGUUUGCUUGCUAUUUAAUGUUGCUCUAUUUAAUGAAUGGUAAAUUGGACCAUGGACCUGUUUGCACUGAUUUUGGCUUGUUUAUAUAAAAAGAGUGUAUUUUUAAUUCUUGUUUACAAGUGUGCAAUACGGAUUGAUUUGUUUAUUUUUGUCAGUAUGUAGACUUAAUAAAAUGAACUCAUUGAAAUAAA